AUGUCUCCAUUGUCUCGCGACACCAUAUCGCUCGGCAUGUAUACGACGCCCUCGCAGCGCGAGGCCACUAUAUCUUCGGCUAGAUCAGCUUUGAAGUCGAUAACUUUUGUUCUUGCAGGUCGAACAACCCUCUCGGAGCACUGCCCCACAGAACACAUCGGAGUCGACUACGCUAUAGCCGAACGCUCACCGUACCUUUGCAUCUACCUUCCACAGCAAGUACGCGAUGUUAGACCUUUACUACCCAUUCAGCUCGGCGACAUCGAUCCAGCGGGCUUCAAGCUUUAUAUCGAGUGGCUCAACACCGGCGCUGUCAAGUUCUCCGAUCAAUCAUCCCUUCAACUCCGCUCCUGUAUCGAUCUCAUAUACGCGCACAUCGUCGGCUCCGCGUUCUCGCAACCCAACUUCCAAGACUACAUCAUCGACAAGUUAGCUUCUAUUCUUGACCCCGCACAAACUUUCGACCAAAAGAUUCUUGAGAUGUUGUAUCUAGAGAAACACGCGUCCACGCUACUGCGGAAGUUUGUUACGGACAAAAUGUUCGCCACAGUACUUGGGCAAAGCAACGACCUCUUCGAGAACUGA